AUGACCGGAUCGUUUGACGAAACGCUCAUUGACGAACAAUUGGCGCGUAAUAUUGCAUUUCUCGGCAAAGAAGGUGUUCAGCGCGUACGUCAAGCGUUUGUCAUUGUCGUCGGUGUAGGCAGUGUUGGUUCAUGGGUCGCGCUCAUGCUGUUACGAUCCGGUGUACAACACUUACGUUUGAUUGACCCGAAACGUCUUAACCGUCGCAAUAUGGCAUAUCAUGCAGUUGCCAAUUUGGAAGAUGUGGGGAUGGCUAAAGUCCAAGUGCUUCGCAAGCAUUUCCGGGAAAUCGCGCCGUUUUCCAAGGUCGAGUGCUGUACCGAACGUCUCUUGCCUACAAACAUGGAUACUUUGCUAGGAGGUCAACCUGCUUAUGUGGUAGAUACCAUGGAUAAUGUGGAUGAAAAGUUGGCAUUGGCACAGUAUUGUCACGAGCAUAACAUCAAGUUAAUUACAUCGAUGAGUGCUGGUGCAAAGGCCGAUCCUACUCGGAUACAAAUUUCUGAUGUUAGCGAUACAUUCGAGGAUCCAUUGGCUCGUGUUUACCGAAGAAGAUUAAAGAUGCUUAAAAUCGACCGUGGUAUUCCUGUUGCAUUAAGCGUUGAAAAGCCAUUACGACCAGAUACUGAAGAAUCCGUUUCCGAUUUCCGCUCACGGAACUUACCUAUUCUUGGUCCUAUUCCCAGCAUGUUUGGCAUGUCCAUAGCUACAUACAUUAUCCUCCAACUUGCGGAAUUUACUGCACUUCCUCCGCCAUCUAACAAGUUAAAGGAUACUCUCUUUGGACGUAUUCUCUAUGACGUAUCUGAUCGAGAACGAAAAACAUACAAAAACCAACAUGCACCUUUUGAUAUCCACGAUAUUGUAUAUAUUUUUGAAGAGUUGUGGAAUGGCAAAAGUCCUCAAGAUCGACUGACACUCGCACGAUGGGACAGAAGCAAGCCAAUGUCGUCAUUGAAUGCCGUGUGCAUGAGUCGAGACGAGGCACGGGCACAUGAUGCUUUACCACCGGAUACAGACCUGCGGAAGCAUUAUGGAGAUGAUGUGGUGGAUUAUGUAAAUAAGCAAUUUCAACAAGAACAAGAGUUUCAAAAGUUUUGGAAUUGA